AUGACAGAGCAUAUUCACCCGGGCCAACGAGACGAGAAAGAAGAUGCAGGUGACACAACGCACGAAGAACACAAAGAAGGCGUCAAGCUAGAGACACUCCAGGGCUCGGUGGCUUUGGACAUCGCCAGACGGACCAAUCCCCCGAAUCCCUGGAGUGUUCAGAUGAGAAAGCUAUACUUAUUCUUAACGGUGGCGUAUCUGUGCUCAGCACUAAACGGAUUCGAUGGCUCCCUGAUGGGUGCAUUGCUUCCGAUAGAGCAAUUUCAAAAGACCUUUGGCGUUGGUUUGGUCGGGUCGAAAGCGUCCCUCAUCCAGGGGAUGUACACCAUUGGAGGUGUCUCCGCGCUACCGUUUGUGGGCUUUUUCCUGGAUACCUGGGGUCGACGAUGUGGCAUGUUUGUGGGAUCCUGCGCUGUGAUCCUCGGCACUAUUCUUGGCGGUACCGCCAACCAUAUGGAUCAGUUGCUCGCCAGUAGAUUCUUUCUUGGCUGGGGAUACUCCUUGGCAUCUUCUGCAGCGCCCGCGUAUGUCGUCGAGAUGAGCCACCCCGCAUACCGCGAUCUCCUGACCGGUCUGUACAACUGCCAAUACUUCGUCGGCGCCAUUGCGGCCUCGGGGGCUUGUCGUGGGUGUCUGAGGUUCUCGGAUUCCCUCGCGUGGCGCAUCCCCAUUUGGUGUCAAUUGAUUACCUCCAGCAUGAUAGUGCUCACUGUUUGGUUCAUACCUGAAUCACCUCGCUGGCUCUAUAGUCAUGGGCGCCGCGAGGAGGCCUGGGAUGUUAUUAUUAACUACCACGGUGAGGGCUCGCGUGAUAAUGCCUAUGUUCAUCUUCAGGUCCGAGAAUAUGAAGAUGCGAUCAACCUUGAAGGCUCGGACAAGCGAGCUUGGGAUUUCAGAGAACUUGUUAAUUCGAAACCUGCCAGAUGGCGUCUCAUGUGUGUGGCUAUUGCAUCUUUCAUGAGCCAAUGGGCACAGGGCGGCGUCACUACCUAUUAUAUGGGUGGGUUGUUACGGACUGCUGGGAUCACAGAUACUACACGAGUACUAGAUUUCAAUCUGGGAUACACCGUCCUUUCUGCUGGAGGGGCCUAUCUGGGCAGCUACAUGGGCCCCAAGGUUCGACGGAGACCUAUGCUGAUUGGCACGUCUAUUGGGUGUGGUCUUUGCUUUGCAGCCCUCUCAGCCACAACCGGGGUGUAUGACAAGACCCUAGACACAAAAACGGCCACCGCCUCGAUUGCCUUCAUCUUCCUCAACGGUUUCUGUUUCAGCUUCGGCUGGACGCCAUUACAGGCCAUGUACGCCGUGGAAUGUCUCUCUUAUGAAACCCGUGCCAAGGGCAUGGCCAUGUUCUCGGUCUUCACCAACAUUGCCUUACUGGUAAACCAGUUUGGAAUCGGAAAUGCAAUCGGCGUCAUUGGCUGGCACACAUACAUCCUCUUGGCUGGUUGGAAUAUGGUUCAGGCAGUGUUCAUUGCAUUCUUUGCAGUUGAGACGAACAAGCGCACCCUCGAAGAACUCGCGGAUAUCUUCAAUGCUCCUAACCCCCGGAAGAAGAGUACGGAGAAGCAACAGAUCUUGGUUUCCGAAACUGCGGAUCAGGUGGUGGAGAUUAAAGGUCCAUAG